UUGCAGAUUGACAGAAAAUGUAUAAGUUGAUUUUAGCAGUGUUUUCUGUCAGUGUUGGACUAUUGUGGACCCUCACCUCAAGUUGGGCCUGCAACGAGGCAGUGUGUGCAAGCAUCGUGAGCAAGUGUAUGCUCACUCAGUCUUGCAAAUGCAAUUUGCAGAAUUGUUCAUGUUGCAAGGACUGUUUUCAGUGCUUAGCCAAUUUGUUUGACGAAUGCUGCUCGUGUGUUGCAUCAGGUGGGACAGAGGAAUCACAACCCAAGUUGUCUUCUUCAAAACGUAUGACUGUGAACUGCACAGUGAGCUACAUUGCUCAGUGUGUUUCUUACAAGAAGUGUAGAAUGACCUGCAAUUCCAUGGGAGCACAGAGUUAUCGAUGGUUUCAUGACGGUUGCUGUGAAUGUGUUGGCCCGUACUGUUUGAAUUAUGGGAUCAACGAGAGCAGGUGCUCCAGUUGCCCUGAGUAUGAAGAACAGGAGUACGAGGAUGAGGAUUUGUAUGUCAAUAAUGAUUUCUCCGAUGGAGUUAUACCGGAAAAGUCUUUCAAACCAAAAUUGAAAAAAGAGAGAUCCUAAGGUCAAGAAUGUAAGGUAAAGUCAAUAAUCAUCCCUUUUUGCUUUGAUUUUUUUUCCAUUGGACUUAUUUAAUUUAGUUCAGUCAAACCUUCAAGGCAGUAUAUUUCCAAAAUAUAUGGGAAUUCCUUUCUAUAAUUUGGUUUCAAUUGAUUAAGAUGAGCCUUUCUGAUUCCUGACAUCACAUGAAAUACUAUCUUUCUUUCCAUCACUAAUUGUCAGAGAUAUUUUGAAUUUUUAUUACUACAUUGCCAGAGUAAAUAUUAUCCUGUCUCCAAUCCUCAAAGGCAUACACUGAAGGCUCUUCAUGUUCCUAAAGUCUUUAUAAACAAUGAGCAAGGUAGGAAUAGGAAUAACUAACUAUGUGCAAAAGAUUGCUUCAUUUUGUUUCUUUUCCUAUAAACAACCCUUUAUUUUCAACUUUGGUUAAAGAGAAAUUGAUAGGUAAUCCUUGCCUGAAUAGAACUGAGAAAACUUGAUUCCAUAUUAUUCACAAAUAUCAAAAUUUGCAUGGCAAGCUGAUGUGAUGUGUGCUACUUGCUGCUAUAGUGAUACUAUACUUACAGUAUUCUAUGCCCAGAACUUUUUUUUUAUUUGUGGGACACCAGACUAGAUAUUUCUUUUCAUACUAUGCCAG